UUCCUUUCGGAAUAGAACCGCGAUAAAAGUACUUAACCGAUAAAUGGUUUCUUUACUUGUUUUGGGGAAAUCCAGACUCAAAGAGCUGCCAGAAUGAGCUUCAAAGGUGUCUCAUUUGCCAUCUACAUUUUAGGCCACAGCUACCUUAUUUCAGGUGUCGAUGGUAUUAUUCCUGUGCUCCGCUCAGUCCAUCCCAACGUGAUAACUAGCCGAGGUUCCAAUGCGACUUUGACGUGUCGAGGUCGCAAGAUAAACGGCAUCGAUACCAUGGUGUCAUGGAAAUUUAAUGGCAAGGAAGUACAGGAAAAUACCAACAAGAAAGUUACUGAAGAAUUUCUUCCAAGAAGACGAGGGACUUUUUCUCUACACAUUACGAACGUUUCAGAAAAAGAUGUUGGUAAAUACACUUGUAUUGCGUAUGUCGCUAACUUUGGUAAGCCGGACGUCGCAGAAGCUAUCAUUGACUUGAAGUUAUACGAGAGCGUCGAGUGGCCGAGAGGAACAUACGCUAUACCCAUGCCCCACAGUGGAUGUCCAAUGUCAACGGAAUUCUCUUGGUCAGAGGGUCUUCUUCGACAAGACACAGAAGACUCGACGCCAUUGAACAACUGGUCCAGCUCCUUUCACUUGAACGGAGAGAAGAGAGGCAGUAAGAUUUCACAACAUUUCUGUGUAAAGACAAACAAGACAGGGAAGACGCAAUGGCCAGCGGGGAAAUAUUGUAUUUACAAAAAAGGAAAGUGUCCUUAUGGAUUUCGUGAAGGCUGGAUCAAGUGGGACGAUGAGGAUACGAAAAACGAUAACUUUGCCAGCGGUGUCCUACCAGACGGUACUUACAGCAAGGACACUGUUAUACAUUUCUGCUGUCGGUCAGAUGGAUCAGCGGAAACACCAAUCGAACUUCCCAUGCGCGAACCGUUCUUCCUUUUGAAACACUCAAGCAGUUGCCAGGCAGUACUGGGCAUGCGUGUUACGGAGGAGUGGAUAUUCUGGGACUGUGAAGACCGCGAAAACAAAAAUUCAUUCGAUGGAGAAAUUCCACAGUCUUUCAUAGCAAAGGACAUUAGGCUUUACUUUUGCUACUACAUCAAAAAGUAACCCUUCGAAAUACAUUUUGAUUACCCCUUUUUUCACUUUUAAGACUACCAAGACCAGUACCACAUUCUGAUGAAAUGCACCGGGUGUCGGUAGAGCAGGCCUAGAACAGCACUUGAGAUAACAAAACGUAAAGACAAACUCAUCCUUACAGGGAUGAAAGGGCGAAUACAACGUGAAGAAAAAAAAUAAUUAAAGCAGUCAAUAUUUGGGUUGUAAAGCUUAUGUUCUCAAACGUAAGGAAACAUUACGUUAAUGGGGUCCGAAUGAGAGUGCUGUCAGUCGUUAAUACCGGAAAAAGCCUCGGCAAUUUUGUCGGCUCACACGAUUUUAGAGUUAGAUUUGACUUUAAAGGUCUCGUUUCUCAGCUUUCUCCUAUAUUUCCUCUCUCUUUCGUGAAUUUUCGGUGAUGGUCAGCUUUCGUUUAAAAUUUCAGCCAAUUUUUCAGUUUACACAUUUUAGAUCUUAGCCAUCAGGAACAAAACGCAUCUUAUCCGUCUCAGCUGACAGCUAUAAAACGUUAGAAGGAGCUACCUUGAAGGGUUAGGAUGGGGCAGCAGUAGUUUACAGUAGUUUACAUUGAAAACAAUGGUUGCCAGUUGCCAGUUAAACUCAUCCAGAUCGUAGACCCUCACAGGUAAAGGUCUUUAUAUAUAGUAUAUGAGCUAAAUGUAUACAUUUAUCAGUAACGUAAGUGAUAGAUGACGGAACUUGUUAUCACCCCUGUAAUGUAAUAUUUCACUGCUAUUAACUAAGAAAGCUUUUUGUUACACAAAUAUCUUAAAGAUGUACUAUACUGAAAUUUAGGUAGAAGUAGAAGAACCUGGUCCUGUUUUGAAUUA